AAAAAGUGGGAAUUUGAUGAUGAGAGACAGGCGUGUUUGAUCACUGAGAAAGUGCUUUUUAGAGAGAGAGAGAGAGAGAGAGAGAGGGUUAGGGAAUAUUUGCAGAGAGAGAGAGAGAGAGAGAGAGAGGGAAAGGCAUGCAAAAUCUGAGACCCACAUCACCAUACAAUCAUCAAAAGCAUAGAUAGACAUAAACCUAUGAGCCCAUCACUGCUUUAUUUUCUUUCUUUCUUUCUUUCUUUUUUUUGAACUUUAAUAAGGGUAUGUGUGUGUUGGGGUUUUCUUUUACAGUUAAAAGAGACAUCACACUCAUUGUUCCUCCCUGUAACUGCCUGUUAACUGGUUCCCUUGAUGCUUGACACUGGAGCUCUUUCUCAUUGAUUUUAGGCACUCCUGGACUUUGACACUAUGACAUAAGAGAUGGGUUUUCAAGGAGCUCUCUAUCCUUAUAUCUAGGUGAGUUUUUUAAUUUCUGGGGGGUCUCAAAGUUUCAAACUUUAAUGCUUCUUUCUGAUGGAAUAGGUGGCUAUUUUAUGGGUUUCUGUUUGGAAGUUGAUCUGUAAUUAGAAAAGGAGGACAUUGGAGAUACUGUAUAAUUUCUUUUUGUUGGCAUUUUUACCUCCAAAGUAAAGAGUGUUUUUUUCCCCCCAGGAAUUUGAGUUUACUCUUUAGAAUUGUACUCUCAUCUUUCUGCUAAGUUUGGAUUGCAAUUAUAUUUUGUGUAGUUUUUCAGCAACUGUAAUUUGGAGUAAACUGUACUUUAAUUGGCUCAAUCUUGAAUAAGUCGAUGUUGUGAAGUGGGGUACUUGUUUUAGUGGAAAAGAAAUUUCGAAUUUAGGGUUUCCUGGACUAUCUUCAAAAACACACCUUAUAUUUUAUAUGAUAAAGUUUUUCUUUUCUUAACUUUUGUAAGGAAAGUCAGCUUGUUGCCGCAAUUUAUUGUUCUUUACAAAAAUUUCCAUAUAUUGAUUUCAAUAAUGCUGUAAGGUCUUGUCAAACAUGGCUGAAAUUAGACUUACGAGGGUAGAACAAGGCCAAACCAAGAUUCGAAAUGUCCCUAUUGCUGUAACACCAGAAGGUUUUUGGUGUUGUCCUUCUCCUGUUGUGUUUCAAAAGACGGUUAAAACUCAAAAUCCUCUAAACAAAACUAAACCAUCCUCACCACCACCUAAGACCACUGUCCAAAAGAAACAAGCCCCAUUUAAUGAGAGAAAGCCACCGCUAGCUCCAUUAAGAACUGGAGUUGUUUCUGAUGAUCAGCGAAACUGUGGCUCUGACACUCCUAGUGUCAGUGCUUCUAUUGUCAAUGACAGAGCACCAAGGCCUAAAAUAGAAAGUUUGCCAAGGAAGGUGGCAAUUGAGUUUGGGGAACCUGGAACCAGUGAUAUGAAGGUGGUCUUGCUUGGAAAGCAAGGAUUUUGUGUGAAGCUGAGCGUCCACAAAAAUGUGUUAGUGGAGAACAGCAGUUUUUUUGCUGAUAAGCUUUCUGAAGAGGAGUCUAAUCUGUCCUGUCUUGAGAUCGAUGAUUGUGAGGACAUUGAGAUAUAUGUUGAAACUGUGGGAUUGAUGUAUUGCAAAGAUAUGAAGCAGCGAUUAAUCAAGCAAAGCGUAUCGCGUGUGCUUCGAAUUAUUAAGAUUGCUGAAUUUCUUGGCUUCAACUCAUGCAUCCGGUCAUGCUUGGAAUAUUUGGAAGCAGUUCCAUGGGUUGGGGAAGAAGAAGAAGAAAAGGUGGUCUCUUCAAUUCUACGACUGCAGAAUGAAGGUGUUGGGGUAACUCCAGUUUUGAAACGAGUCUCACCAGAGGUUGUUAAUCCACCUAAAGACACACUUUCCUUUAUAAUGGAACUUGUUCUUAAAAGCAAUGAGGAGAGAGGCCGCCGUGAAAUGAAAUCUGUAGUCCUGAAGCUUCUGCGAGAGAACAACAGCCUUCCAACUUAUGCAGGUUCAACUGACAUCUGCAAUGAAACAAUCUACAGCUCAUGUAGAUGUUGCUUGAAUUCCCUGUUGUCUUUGUUCAGGCAAGCUGCUGAACCUGAGUUUGCCAAUAAACCUAUGGACAGUAGAGAACCAGUGGUGAAGCAAAUAGCUCUUGAGGCUGAUAACCUCUCAUGGUUGCUUGAGAUUUUAGCAGACAGACAAGCAGCUGAUGAGUUUGCUUUAAUGUGGGCUAGCCAGGAGGAAUUGGCCGUUCUACAUAAAGAACUGCCUGUAGUGUCUCGUUACCAUGUUAGCUGCGUUACAGCAAGACUAUUUGUGGGAAUUGGAAGGGGGGAGCUGCUACCAUCAAAGGACACUCGUAACUUGUUGCUACAGACAUGGUUACAGCCAUUAAUCAAUGACUACAGCUGGUUGCAACAUGGGUGCCGGACAUUUGAUCGGAAAGUAGUGGAGGAAGGCAUUGGGAGGACAAUCCUGACUCUACCACUAGAGAACCAACAGAGUAUUUUGCUUUCUUGGUUAGGAAGUUUUUUGAAGGCUGGUGAUAACUGCCCGAAUCUCCAGAGAGCUUUCGAGGUGUGGUGGCGGAGGACUUUCAUUAGACCUUACAUCGAAACACAAGGUAAUCUACUCCAGUCAGAUAGCUCAAUGACAUCAAAGCAGUAAGAUCUAAUGAGUCUGAUAAUGUGAAUGCAUCAUCCAUCCACAAUUUGGGGAGAAGCCACUUUCACAUUUAAAAUGUAAAAGACAAGUGACCAUUUCUCGUCUAGUAAAUCAUUUCAAGGCAAAACAGUGACAGAAAUAUGAAUCUGACUAGUGUACCAGUGUUCUUUUGUGAGUAUAAAACAAGCUUGUAAAACUUUUUUUGAGUUGAUGAAUAUGAAUAUGGGUUUAUUGCUUGAUGUUGAAAUUAAUGAACAGAAAUGCUGUAGAAGUUGCUUUUCUUCCA